AUGCACCAGGUUCGCCGUAUGCCCAAUGGCUACCGUGAACUCCGCUCUCGCUUCUUCAUUGCCGAGAACAAUCACGGUACUGCCCAGCUUGGCCACGACCUUGCUUUUCCAUGCAAUAUUGAGAUGACCCAUUUGGGCUCCUUCCUGCCUGCCAUUUUCCAUGGGUUCAAGUAUACCCUGUAA